CCGGCCAGGAUUCAAACGCCCUCGACGGUUCGUACAGUGCGGUUGUCGUGCCGAUACUUUUUUCUGUCUCUCGUAUCGUCUCUCUAUUGUAUCAACCUGUUUUCCUGUCUUUUUGUGUACACUUCCAUCCCAUACCUAACCUACCUGGACUUCGGUGUCGGCCCGCCAUUUCCUUUUCCCCCGGGGUCUACUACCUAGUGCGCGGCUCUUUCCACACUCACCGACAAAACAAACUGAAAAAAAAACCAAAGCGUCACCAUCAUCUGUCACGAGCUAGUAGUGUCUGCAGUACGGUGCGUGAGUGUUUGUGUGUGUGUGUAAGUGUUUACUUUCGCUCGGUUAGUGUUUCUCUGUCGUCUGUCAACGCUUUCAUCUACUCGAUAGUUGCAAACCAAAGCGUGUAAAAUUGUGCAAAAAGAGAAGAUAAAUAAAGCCUAUCAGUGGAAGUUUAGUGAAAAUCGGUGCUGAUCGAUGUACUAAGCCCGUACUAUCGCGCACAGUGCACCGUGAAUCUGUGAAAUCAAUGGUGAAAGAAGAAGUGGCCGGGCAAGUUCUAGUAGUGGCCAACCAAACGAUCGGCUUGAGGCAAUGAGCGCUAGCAACUGUGCGGGACGCUGUCGCGUGUUUGGUGUCGUUUCGGUUUAACCACCUUUAGUUCGUCGGUGUUUCGGAUGAGUUUUUGAGUGCAGUUUUGGUGUGUAUUGUGUGCCUGGUCUUGUCCCACAGCAAUUGGGAUUCAAUGUUUCGUCGCAUCCACCGUGCAUUGGUGCGGGCUGCUGCGGCUGCUGUAACGAGCAGCUAGAAAGGGCAUAAACGGCCCCCCCCGCUCAAAACGCCACCAUGAACUAGGAUAACGCCCUUCGGUUCGUCCUUACACUAUCGGUCGUUCUACUGUCUCUCUUUCCCUCCAGCUCUGUCUCGAAGACUGUCUCGGAUCUCUGCCUGUACCGUGCAGUUGACGAGGCUGAUGAACUGUGUCGUACCGCUUCUGCUCCUCUGAGCCUGUACUGUACUGUAACACACCUCCGCUCAGAACGACCGAAACGACGAACUCUCUACCGUAAAGCUGUCUGUGCUUAUCUCUACAAGUCUGUUGCCGUUUCGCUGGCAAACCGUUUCGUCUAUCCUGAACUGGUACUCUGAAGUUGUAAGCUGCAGCAACCUGUCCGAGCAGCGACUACCGCUGUUCCCUCUAGAUGCAGCAACAACAACAACAACAACAAAAAACAUCGGAUUAAGCCGCAGAUUUGCAGACGAAAGUAAAGUCCAAUAUUAUUUCCACUGCUCGCCAAACGAGCGGCAAACCGAAAAGCAAUAGGAAGUAAAGCAAUAAAGCUGUCAACGCAAAAGCAACCGCAGCAGGAGCCGGGUUGCCACAGCAAGUAGGCUGUGCGAUCGAUUUUCGAUGCAAACGAACGAACCGGGCUCCGGUCGGGCGGUGUCCGGUAGGUGCUGCCCCGGCAGUGGCAUCGUCCAUCACCACCACCACCACCACCACCAAGUGCUGCGGCUUGGAUGAAGCGGUAUGGCGCCGGCCCCAGUGCCACCAGGUUCGAUGUGUUGGGUUAUGUGUUAGUGUAAGUCUGUUUCCGGCCUGUUUCGGUUGAUUUUGUCGGGCAUCUUCUGCUUGAUGGACUAACCUCGUUCGAAUCUCGCCACUAUCUGUGCCGUUGUGUAGCGUUUUACGCGUCCGUUUUUAACGCAAACAUUCGCAGUUCUGUGUUGGUGUGACGUGUGUAGCGAAAACGAAAGAAAAAACUGUCCCACCAUCCUCUCCCCCCCAAAAAAAAAGGACUGCACAAUUCUUCAUACUCAUCCGCAGUGCACGUGCUCGGUCUUAAACUGGUUCCGGUGCGGAAUAAUACUGCGCUCCCUUCGUUGCGCCACUCUCGGUCGUGCAAAGUGCUUUCGUAUCUGUGUCACGUUCUGGCGUAAAAUUUAUUCCAUUCUUCUGCUGCUGGUGCCUUCAGAGGCGUCAGCGUAGCACCGGAAUUCCCCCACGGGAGAAUCCACCUCCCGGAGCAGUCCCAGCACGUCCUGAGCCAGGGCGGAUAUAAAACUGUACGGUAGCCUUUCACGUAUCCGGUUCGUGCGGGUGCCACUCCGGGUGCUUCACCUUAACAAGGAUCGAAACGCGGGGAAGAAUCAACAAUUGCUGAACAUACCAAGUGGUGAUAUAUCGUGCUGAAAGUCGAUCCUGCUCGAAGCUCUGUGAGUGGUGGCGAGUAUUUACCUCGAAUGCAACCAGUAGUAUUGAUUGCGAUAAGGAAGAACCGAAACAAUCGCUAGCUCGCCAUGGCACGGAUGGUUCAACCGUGAGGAGCGCGACGAGCGAUGCACUUGCUGCAUUUGCAGGCCAGUAUUUAGAAGUACCUGAACGACAAAAUCCUCAUCAGUCCCGAGUCCUCAACGGGGCAUUAUUUCGGGGUAGCGCGAGCACGACUUGGAGCUCGCGGAAAGUUUUCGUCCACAUUCUUCAUUGACGCCCACAAACAAACAAAGAAACGCCCACUCUCAAAAUGCCCCGCUGUUUGAUGGCGAAAAAAUGGAAAGCCUACCCGUGGCCGGACCGGGCAGAGGAGCAACCGACCGGCGAGCAGGAGCAGCUGGACACGGUCCCAACCGCGGGCAGCUCUCACACGACGACAGCAUCUUCACCCGCGACGGUGGACCGAAGCAGUAGCAGCAGCAGUAGUAGUAGUGGAAGUGGUGCCGGUAGCAGCAGUAGUAGCAAUAGCAGUAGUGAUGCCAGCAGCACAUCCAGCUCCCCUUCCACGAUGGCGCCUGAGUGCGGUCAACCGCCGGCAGCGAGUGAAAUCGUCGAGGAGGACGAAGAGAUCGACGUGGUGGGCGAUUCGCCGGCGGCAGCGACGGCCACGGCAGCCAGCAGCAAGUCGACCGGCAGCACCGUAGCCACCUGUUGGGGUCCCUCCUCACCGACGGCCGGUGCAACGGCACCGAGCCCGCCGCCCCACUCGCCGGAAGCGGCAACGCGCGAGUCGACCAUCCUGUACAACGGUUACGGUCAGGACAUUACGCAUCACUUUACCGCCUACCUGCCAAAGCUGGACCCGGAGUCUUCAAGCUACCAACAGCAGCAACAGCAGCACCAACAACAACAGCAGUCCUCUUCACAGCAACAGUUCGUCGCACUCGCACCUGUCCAACACUGUGCAACACCUGCAACCGCCUCUUCCGCCUCACCCCCAGCGGCGCCCAGUGCCGCCACGGACAGCCCACAGCGUUCCCCCACGCAGAAGAAGUCCCUCGCGAUGUGCUUCACGAGCACCGGCACUGCCCUCUCACUCCCUCCCAAGAAGAAGGACAUCUACCGGCCGUACUCGCUGGACGACAGGCCACCCCGGCCGAGCUACGAGCUGCGCAUCCCGGCCGAGGAGGACCUGCACGCGGCCCACGCCAUCCUGGACCUGAGCGCGUCGACGGCUUUCCUACCGCCGCCGGCACCGCACCAACUGCUCGCCCAGCAGCAGCCGCCCUCGCCCUCGGUGCAGCAAUCCACCCCGGCCCCGGUCGUGCUAGUAGUGCCCCCGAAACCCGCCAUCGCCGAGCCCGACCGGCGGCCGCUUCAAGCACAUCCUCAGCAGCAGCCGCCCCAGCAGCAGCAACAGCUUCAUCAGACGGCUUCUCCCCCGCCCCUACCGCUGCAGUCACCGCCCGCGACAACGGUACCGCAAUCGCUCGGCUCGCCGGAGCAGAACGAGAACCGCAACAGCACCAACACGCUGCCCGGGUACGCGGCGCACGAUGCCACCAGCAUGGACUCGUCCUCGGACGAGCUGGGCCAGUCGGCCGAAUCGUCCGACUCGGAGGGCAGGAAUGGGUCGAAAACGGUUGCCUACACGUACGAGGCGUUCUUCGUGAGCGAUGGCCGGUCGAAGAAGAAGAUGGCCGACCCGAAGACGGCCCUGGAGAACAAGGCCAAGUACACGUGCACCGAGUGCGGCAAGCAGUACGCCACCUCGAGCAAUCUGUCGCGCCACAAGCAAACGCACCGCAGCCUGGACUCGCAGUCGGCCAAGAAGUGCCACACGUGCGGCAAGGCGUACGUCUCCAUGCCCGCGCUGGCCAUGCACGUGCUUACGCACAAGCUGUCGCACAGUUGCGGGGUGUGUGGGAAGCUGUUCUCGCGGCCCUGGCUGCUGCAGGGCCAUCUGCGGUCGCACACGGGCGAAAAGCCGUACGGUUGCGCACACUGCGGCAAAGCGUUUGCCGACCGGUCGAACCUGCGCGCCCACAUGCAGACGCACUCGAUCGACAAGAACUACCAGUGCGGUCGGUGUCACAAAACGUUCGCGCUUAAGUCGUACCUCAACAAGCAUCUGGAGUCGGCCUGCUUCAAGGAGGAUGGUGCGCCACAGUCGCCCCUGAUGUCGCCGAUGUCACCCGGCUCGCUCGACGGUUCCUCGCUGGACGAUUUGCGCUCGACGCCGCUGUCCGAGCGGCGCCAGCCGGUUGCGCUCAAGCGCGAGCGGAACGUCGAUAUCGAGGGCGACGAGUCGGACGAUGCGAUGGCGUGUCCGUCGCCUCUGUCACCGGUACCUCACCAUCUUACCAUCAGCCCGGGCGCCCCGAACGGUACCGGCAGCAUCUUUGUGAUGAAAAACCUCCAGUCCGCCGGACGGCUGGCCGGCAGUGCGUCGCCGGGCUCGGGGACGGCAGCGGCGGCGGCAGCGGCCGCAGCCGCAGCAGCCGCCGCCGUGCUCGGUCCGGGCGCCAUCCUAACGACGACGACAGCGCAUCAGCCCCAUCACCACAGCCCGCAUCAGCAGCACCAUCCGCACCUCCAACUGCAUCAGCACCAGCAUCCGGCGGCGGCGGCGGCGGCGGCUGCUGCUGCGGCUGCCGCGGCGGCCGCUGCAGCCGUGCAGAUAAACGUCAACUUUGCCGGGUAACCGGCGCAGCAAGCGACGGCAUGAAGCGGGAUCGCCGGCGGCAAACAAUAACUCGUUUUUGCACUGCUGAAUUGCAUACAUCUAGGCGCAUUGAGGGCGCGCGGUUCGUAAGUAGUCACUUAAGCAUUUGAUUGUGUUUUUCUUUCCCUCAAACUAAACUUCUCAUCAAGCGUUAUUACUUGCAAGCGGGCCCACAGUUACGUACAAGCCUGCUUUAGAGCGAAGAUGGGGAACGGGGGUGUGUAGGAACGAACUGUGUAGCAACUAGAAACACCGCUAUUCAUAAACAAACAUACACAGACAGAGAGAGAGAGAGAGAGAAACACUAUUCCAACUAUAACAAAACAAGAUAGCGAUCGCAAAACAAUAGAUCAUUCUGUGCCCCUCCCCGCUCUCGAACAGCAUACAACAACAGCUACACGGUGUUGUCUAGUACCCUUCCCCCCCCCCCCCCCGCACUCCCCUUUUACCUAGUCAUUACCAUUAGUCAUGCAUAUAGCAAACGUUUUAAAUGAACCUCUUACUCUCUUUAAAAAAACAAAGCAAACCAAACUCCCGAAAACAAAGCGCCGUAGAAAGAAAAAUUGCAAAAGAUUGGAUUACGGAAGCAGGCUGACGCUGGAUUCGAUACCUAAUGAAACCUUUAUAUACACAAAGUAUAUAUAUAUACAUAUACAUAUAUUAUAUUUACACCCUUAUACAUCUAACGAAACGAAAAAAAGGAAAAAAACGGUAAGGAAACAAAGUAAACAGAAAACAGAGGUCCCCAAAUGUCCUUAACUCCCACUUAACACCUCCUCCACCAGUAGGAAACAGACUUGCAUAGUGUCCCGCGCCGCGUAGACCGUAACAAUUCAGGGUUUGAGCGAAAGCCGUAGACAGUUGUAGAACAGUUAUAGCGUGCUGGAGAGGUGAGAUAGGCGCGUGAGCACACAACUAAAUAGAAAAUACUGGAACCCGGUGCUCGGCGUGUGUCUGUGUGUGUAUAGUAAGAAGAGAAGAAUAUCUAAAGCAAUGCCACCAGCGACGAACCUGUCGGAGCUGCGUAUGCGUCCUGUGCAAUUCGAUUCAAUUAACUUACUACUACGAUUCAAUUAAUUUUUGCGGGCCCUAAGCUAGAUCUGCGUGAUGCGGUGGCAGACACUCACACUCAGAUUAAUUACCCCAUUAAAGUGGAAAAGAUCAAGCAAGUGUUCGGUCCAGCCCGCGCACGCAGAUCGGUAUGAUGUGCUCUUAUGUAUCCUCUCUAGCUCUAUUGCAUUUAACGCGUAGUGAAAAAACAAACACCCCAAACACACACACACACACACUUUCACACUCAUACACACAACACACAAGCAACUAGUAAGAAGCGAGUCAGCAAUUACUUUCUACAUAAGCUAAACUUUAGAAAUUCCUAUCCUAAAACAAGAAGAAGAAGAAGAAGAAGAAGAAGAAAAAACACACGCAAAUGCAGCAACGUUAAAAGUAUAUUAAGGAAACGCUGCAGCAGCAUUAAAGUGCGAAUUGGAAACGAACAGCAAUGGCAGUAUAUGCAGCUACAGUAACAGCAAUGAGAGAGUUUUGUAACAGGGAAAUGAAAAGCAAAGCAAGGCAGGAGAAGAUGGAGAAGAUGAUUAACAAAACCUUAAAAACCGUUCAUUAACAUAUUUUCGACAAUGGCGAAAAGCAGCUCCAAUCCACUUUAUUUAUAUAAUUUAACGUUCAUGCGUCACUUUACCAUUUCCUACAGGUUUAUGUUUCCCCGCACGGCAAAAGCCCGCUGACUCAUUAUCAGCAAGCAGAGGGUGACGAUAUGGGGGGGUG